GGAGAGGGAGGAGGAUUCAAACUUCCGGUGGUGUGUCAUGGCGGCGUGGUGGAGUAUGCUUGAAGUGAGAAACUAAACCAACCCCCCCUCCUCCCUCCACCUCCUCCUCUUCCUCUGUUCUCCACCUUGAUUAUUUUGCGGAGCGGUCUAGGGGGUAUUUGUCGCAUCAGGGGCGAAUCGGGUGCAGGAAUCUGGAUCGCAAAAGUGAUUGAUAGGAGACACAGUGGCGCGCGCAUCCGCCUGAGUAUGGCGGCGCACAAACCCGUGGAAUGGGUCCAGGCCAUCAUUAAUCGAUUCGACGAGCAGCUCCCAAUUAAAACAGGACAGCAGAGCACCCACACCAAAGUGAGCACAGAGCACAAUAAAGAAUGUUUGAUCAACAUCUCAAAGUACAAAUUUGCCCUCGUCAUCAACGGUCUGACCAACAUACUCAAAAAUGUGAACAACAUGUCUUCUAGUCUAGCAGAGAAGAACCUCUACCUCUCCCAGCUGAUUAUCCUGGACACACUGGAGAAGUGUUUGGCAGGGCAACCCAAGGACUGCCUAAGGCUGGAUGAGGCCAUGUUGGUAAAACAGUUGCUCCCUGAAAUCUGCCACUUCCUGCACUCGUACCGUGAGGGCCAGCAUCACGCUGCUCAGCUGCGCAGUUCUGCCUCUGCCGUGCUUUUCUCUCUCAGCUGCAACAACUUCAAUGCCGUCUUCAGUCGUAUCUCCACCAGGUUGCAAGAGCUCACAGUUUGUACAGAGGACACAGUGGAUGUCCAUGACAUUGAGCUCAUUCAGUAUAUCAAUGUAGACUGCUCCAAGUUAAAGAGGCUCCUACAAGAAACAGUACUAAAAUUCAAAUCUUUGAAAAAGCCGGCUCAACUCGCAGUAAUCAGCAGUUUGGAAAAGUGUGGAUUUUCUGGUGCCGUUGGCAACAGAACCAACGCUGAAAAGCUCUUCCCACAGUAA